CCGCACGACUACAACUGGUACUACGAGACGGCGGCGCCCAGCGCGGCCAACACAGCACACGCGAACAGCUUCUUCGAGAAGCACGGCAAGCACGCCACGCUGCUGCGCAGCAUCGCGCAGUUCCGCAAGCUGCCCGAGACGGACGUGCCGGAAGUGGCCUUCAUCGGGCGCUCGAACGUGGGCAAGAGCAGCCUGCUGAACGCGGUGAUGGGGUGCAACACCCGCGCGCUGCUGGCGCGGACCUCAUCGACGCCCGGCUUCACCAAGACGAUGAACCUGUACGGCAUUGCGGCAGAGCCCGGUGUGCGGAUCCAGACGCGGGCGCAGGACAGCGGGCCGGGGAAGGAGAAGAUAGUCGGCCGCGGCGGCCUGGUCAUCGUCGACAUGCCCGGCUACGGCUCCGGCAGCCUGACGAGCUGGGGCGUCGAGAUCAUGAAGUACAUCCAGAGCCGCAAGGCGCUGCGGCGCGUCUUCGUGCUGCUCGACGCCGAGCAUGGCCUCAAGGACAAGGAUCGCAGCAUCCUCGCCAGCCUGCGCCUCGCGGGUGUAAGCCACCAGGUCGUGCUCAGCAAGAUGGAUAAGCUGUACAUUCCCAAGGCGAGCGAGAUCAAGAAAGUCGCAAAGGGCGCCAAGCUGAAGGCCAAGGGCACCGUGAACGCCUUGAGGGCCGAGAUGAGGACCCUGUUGCCGGACAUUGCGCCCCCGCACGGCGGCGCCGCUCUGGGCGAGAUUCUGGCCUGUAGCAGUGAGACGCUGGUCGACGGGAAGCGCUUGGGGGUCGACCAUGUGCGGUUUGCAGUCUUGAAGGCUGUCGGGCUGCAAGGGGAGGAGAGGAAG